CUUGGAGGCUCACCGGCUCCAUAGACCAGAAACAUCGCACUAUGGCCUGGCUCUGAGCGUCUUCAAACGCUAGUGUGUAUAUACCUAACCGGCAAUCCGUCACCAUCGACGCCUUGAUCAUGGACCUCCGGUCCAGGGGCUUUUUGCGGGUCCAUCGGAGUUGUCAAUAGUACUCCCGAAGUACUAUAUUACUUGAUUUUGAGCACUGUCACUUUUGCACGCCCGGGAUUUAAACCGAAGUGACAGUAGUGGCACUCACCCCAUCUGCCGGUUAGCUAACUAGCUAGCUUAGUCAGUAGCCAAAAGGGCAUUACUUUUCUUUUGGAGUAAAGGACAAGGAGACUACAACACCACUACUUUUAUUAACAGAAGACAGGGUGUCUGAGGCUGAGGUGCCCGAGUUCCCAUCAAACAACACAUUCAUUACUCAUUCCUGUAAGGCUGGCAACAGAACGCCACCCUGAUGCAGAACCAUAAAAGAACGUGAAAUGAAUAAACCACCACAGCCUAUAACGGGACCCACUUCUGUCCCCAACCCUGCCCCUUCCCCAGGACUGACACAGGCUGCCUACGGCCCUGGACAGCCCCCUUCUCUUGUGUUUGCCACCCCUCCACCUCCACAAAUGAACUCUGCUCCACCUCCAAGACAGUUUGCUGCAGGGCCCCGUACUUUACACCAACAGGGUGGAUACAGAGCAUUACAGGGUUACUAUCAGAACCGACCAGCUAUGGCCACCAGUGCACCAAGGGUACAGACAAGCAGUGGCCCACGACCUGUUGCUCCUCAUGUCUACCCACCCAGCUCCCAGAUGAUGAUGAUUUCCCAGCAGCAGCUCCCCUUUGCUGGGUCCCCUCAGGGUUACUUCCUUCCCCCUGGACAGUACCGGCCCCCAUAUAUGCCAAACACUCAACAGUAUCCUGUGACAAGUGGUACAGCAGGCUUCUACCCAGGAACUAGCCCUGCUGAAUACCCAGCAUAUGAGCCCUCUCUUGCUGCGAGGGAGAGGCGGGGUGGUGGAGGGAGAGGGGCUGGGCGAGAGAACGGCCGUCUCUCUCUCCACGGUGCUCCUCUCACCUCCCAGCGCUACCCCGCUGGAGCAUACUAUUCAGCACAGCCGCAGUACCCUCCAUCUGUCCAGCCUGCACCAGUCAUAAUCAACCCCGCUCAGCAACAGCAACAGGCUCCGCCUCCUCAGCAACCCCCAGCACAGUCACAAGGCCCAUUAAAGAGGGAACGCAAACCGGUAGUGUGUCACAACAAAAGGGAAUCACACCUCUUGUCUGAGAUAAGAAUACGAGACCCCAACCAGGGUGGGCGUGAUAUCACAGAGGAGAUCAUGUCAGGUGGACGGUCCACCACCACACCAACCCCCCCACAGGCCUCUAUAGCUGAUGUGAGUCCACCACAGACCAAUGGUGAAGUUCUACAGCCCAUCAAUACAGUGACAACAAGAGAAGAAAAUGUAGACCUUCCUGCUAGCUCUGAAACCCCACCACCUCCAGCUAAUGCAAAUCCAGAGUCUGUGGAGGAGGCCAAACAGGAACCGGACAGCCAGGUGGCACCAACUACUGACCUAGCCCCCCAACCUGUAGCCCCUACAUCAGCUACAGAGGCACAAUCCUUAUUGAUAAAGGAUCAGCAGUCGCCCUCUUCACUCUCUGAAGCAGCAGCUUCCCCUGUUGAGGCAGUAAAUACAGAUGAUAAUAAAGUCAGUGACACAGUAGAUGCUCCUGUUGGUCCUUCAGCAUCAUUAGCAGCACAAGAGGUCCCUGUUAAAAAAGAUGAACCGAUUGUCUCAGCUCCAGCUGAGAGCUCACAAGAAAAGGAACAAAAGACAUCAGAGGAAGUGAAGAAAAUUGAAAAAGAAGAGCAGGAGUCUAGUGCCAUGAUAGAGCCUGCAGUUGAGGUUAAAGCAGUAGUUACCCCUGUUAAUAUGGCAAAAGAAGAAACCUCCUGUCCACCUACAGAGCCAGUUACUGAAACCUCUCAGCCACCAAACUCAGUACAGGAACCUGUUUGUCCGGUGACCCAGAAUGAAACCCCCAGCUGUGAUCCUGAACCUGAACCCACAGUGGCUGAAUCAGCUGAGCCUCUUCUCUCAAACGGUCUUCCUCAGGACAUUGAGGAAAUGUCUGAGGAUACGACAUCGCUAGACACUAAACCCCUUGAAAAGCCUGAAACUUCUCUAUCUCAGGAAUCCGCACCUGUGGCCAAAAUGGCAAAGCCAGCCCAGGAAGAGGAGGAAGAGAAGAAAGAAGAAGUAGGGAAGGAGAAAGGUGAAGAUGCCCCAUCAACCUCUGUUAGCUGUCCCACAGAGGAAUCUACUAUGCAAGCUGCUACGUCUGUGCCAAAGAAGAAGAAAAACAUGAAGGAGCUCAACAAGAAGGCGGCUAUUGGGAACCUCCUGGAUGCCUUCACAGAGGAGCAGGAUGCCAAGGCUUCUUCUGAACCCCAGACCACUCAGGCUGACCCUGUCCCAGCUGCUCCUGCCGAACCUCCUACCAAGGUUGUGGAUGAGACCUGGGAGGAGAAAGAGGACAAACAGAAUGAAAUCGAUGGGCCUAAACCCACACCUGAGCCCACGGAGCAGAAAUACCAGUACAAAGAGGAGCAAUGGAAGCCGAUAGACCCAGAGGAAAAGAAGAGGUACGACAGGGAGUUCCUACUGGGCUUCCAGUUCAUCAGCGCCAGUAUGCAUAAACCUGAGGGGUUGCCUGUCAUCAGCGAUGUGGUUCUGGACAAAGUGAACAAGACUCCACUGCGACCUGCUGACCCAGCUCGAUUGAUGAGUGUUGGUCCUGAUUUCACCCCCUCAUAUCUGGGUAACCUUGGGAGCAGAUCAGUGGGAGGACCACGAGGCCCGCCCCCUGGACCACGUCGGUCUCAGCAGGGUCAACGGAAGGAACCGAGGAAAAUCAUCAGCAGCAUGUCUCUCAAUGAUGAUGUCCAACUUAACAAGGCUGAGAAGGCUUGGAAACCCUCAGUAAAGAAGUCUACUCGUAGCCGUGGUGUGGAAGAGCCUGAAGAAGAUGACCCUGACCAGGCCAAGACUCAAGAGUUGUUCAAACGCCUCCGCAGCAUCCUGAACAAACUUACUCCCCAGAAAUUUCAGGAGCUGAUGAAGCAGGUGACGGAGCUGACAAUAGACACAGAGGAAAGGCUAAAAGGAGCCAUUGAUCUCAUCUUUGAGAAGGCCAUCUCAGAGCCAAACUUCUCUGUGGCCUAUGCCAACAUGUGCCGCUGCCUUAUGGGGCUCAAAGUCCCCACCUCUGACAAGCCAGGACAUUUUGUGAACUUCCGCAAACUACUGCUGAAUCGCUGCCAGAAAGAGUUUGAAAAGGAUCAGGAUGAUGAUGAGAUCUUUGAGAAAAAGCAGAAAGAGUUGGAGGCUUCCAAAGAUGAUGAGGAGCGUGAGCGCUUGAGGGUGGAACUGGAGGAGGCUAGGGACAAAGCUCGGCGCCGUUCACUGGGUAACAUAAAGUUUAUUGGUGAACUCUUCAAACUGAAGAUGCUGACAGAGGCAAUCAUGCACGACUGUGUAGUGAAACUACUGAAGAAUCAUGAUGAAGAGUCUCUGGAGUGUCUCUGCAGGCUACUUUCCACAAUUGGAAAAGACCUGGACUUUGAGAAGGCCAAGCCUCGAAUGGACCAGUAUUUCAACCAGAUGGACAAGAUCAUCAAAGAAAGAAAGACCUCUUCUCGAAUCCGUUUCAUGCUUCAAGAUGUCUUGGAUCUCCGAAAGAGUAACUGGGUACCUCGUAGAGGAGACCAGGGUCCUAAAACAAUUGAUCAGAUCCACAAGGAGGCAGAGAUGGAGGAACACAGAGAACAGAUCAAAGUUCAACAGCAGCUUCUCUCAAAGAAGGAGGGAGGAGGAGGAGGCGGAGGAGGAGGAGGCGGUAGGAUGGGAGGUGGCAUGGGGGGCCGUGGCCCUCACACACCAGGAGGUGGCCGGGUUAGCCAGCCUCAGGAUGAGGGGUGGAACACAGUACCCAUCUCCAAGAACAGACCCAUUGACACCAACCUCCUUAGCAAGAUCACAAAGUCUGGUGCUCUGGACUUCAACAAUCAACUGUUGGCUCCUGGAGGCAAAGGCAUGUGGGGGAGCUGGGGAAAAGGCAGCAGCGGAGGAACAGGAGCUAAACCAGCAAGUGGAGACCAGGAUUCUGGUCGUCCAGCUACCAGCACACUCAACCGCUUCUCAGCCCUGCAACAGUCUGGGUCAUUGUUGUCUUCAUCAGACUCUGAUCGCCGAGUUCCCCAGAGGUCAAGCUCCAGCCGUGAGCGCGGUGGGGACAGAGAGAGGGGCGAUCGUGAGAGGGAUCGGUUUGACCGAUUUGAUCGCAGGGAAGGACGGGAAGGUCGCGAUGACAGAGGCAACAGGAACGAAAUCACUAAGAGAAGCUUCAGUAGAGAGUCCCAGGAGCGUGGAGGACGAGGGGGAGAUGGCCGUGUUUCAAAUGAGCCCGUGCGUCGUGUGGCCAGCAUGACUGACGACCGGGACAGGGGAAGUCGAGACAGGGGAAGCAGAGACAGAGGAAGUAGAGACAGAGGAAGCCGGGAUAGAGGUCCAAGCAAAGAUCUACCAGUUAAGCGUGAAAGCGCCCCCACUCCUCCUCCUUCUCUUCCUAAACCUGCCUUGAGUGAAGAAGAGGUGGAAAAGAAGUCAAACGCUAUAAUUGAAGAAUACCUCCACAUCAAUGACUUGAAGGAGGCAUUGCAGUGUGUGUCAGAGCUGAACAGUGCCUCUCUGCUCUACGUAUUUGUACGGACUGGCUUGGAGUCGACACUUGAGCGCAGCACCAUUGCUAGGGAGCACAUGGGCCUGUUGCUGCACCAGCUUGUGAAGGCAGGGACACUGCCCCCACAGCAGUACUACAAAGGGCUACUUGAGAUCCUGGAGGCAGCAGAGGACAUGGCCAUAGAUAUACCUCACAUCUGGCUUUACCUGGCUGAACUCAUUACCCCCAUGCUCCACGAGGGAGGCAUCCCUAUGGGACAGCUCUUCAGGGAGAUCUCAAAGCCUCUUGUGCCUCUUGGAAAGGCUGGUGUCCUGUUGGCACAGAUCCUCAAGCUGCUCUGCAAAGGAAUGACUCCUAAGAAGGUUGGAGCCAUGUGGACAGAUGCUGGGUUGAACUGGAGAAAUUUCUUGCCCAAGGACGAAGACGUCAACAAGUUUGUCACUGAUCAGAAAGUGGAGUAUACCACAGGAGAGGAGACGGAGUCUAAGGAAACCAGUAAAAAGAAGGUUUUCAGUGGAGAAGAGCUCAGCAAACAGCUGGAUAGACUCCUGCAGGACAAAGCCAACAACCAACGUAUCAGAGACUGGGUUGAAGCUAACUUAGAUGAACAGCAGGCUGCUUCCAACCAGUUCAUACGAGCUCUGAUGACGUCGGUGUGCCAGUCCGCCAUCAUCUGUGACAACCCAUACAAGGUGGAUGCCGAGCAGAUAAGCCAAAGGGCCCGGCUGCUGCAGAGGUACCUCUGUGAUGAGCAGAAAGAGCUGCAGGCCCUUUACGCUCUUCAGGCUCUGAUGGUGCACAUGGAGCAGCCAGCAAACCUGCUGCGGAUGUUCUUCGAUGCCUUGUACGAUGAGGAUGUUAUUAAAGAGGAGGCCUUUUACAAAUGGGAAUCCAGCAAAGACCCCGCAGAGCAAACAGGCAAAGGUGUGGCCUUGAAAUCGGUCACCGCUUUCUUCACCUGGCUCCGUGAGGCCGAGGAGGAAUCCGACAAGGACUAAAAGACUGAAGUGAAAGCUGCUGCCCCCUUUUGACAAGGCAUGGGUGUGACAGGCGGCUGUGCGGAGUCAUGGACAAUAUUGCCAGAGAGGCAGACUCUAAUCAAUCCUCAAUGAGGAUAAAUCUUUGUUUUGUUUUGUUUUUUCUUUCCUUUGAGAGAUGGACUCAGAAAACAAUCAUUUCUCUCUACCCUCCUUCUCUUGCUUCCUCAUUAUGUCCCCACCUGCUUGUCACAGCAAGUGUCCUCAUCAAAUAAACUUGAAAUCUGGUUCAGCAGGAUUGCUUGGUAACGAGGUGUGAAAUAUGCCACAUCACUACGCAACGUUUGUUUUUUUUUUUUAACAAUGAAUACAAACCAACUGGCUGCUUUUUUAUGGUUCUAGAUAAAUAUGAUGCCUAACAUCCUAUCUGAUAAAAAAAAAAAGACUAAUUUAAAAAAAAAACAGAGCGUGUGGUGUAGUUCCCUGGUGUGGGUAUCAUGCCAUAAUGUGUUAAAUCCAAACACAGCUCAUAUGUAUUUGCCCAUUACUUAGUGUGCAGCAUGACUGAAGUGUGUUUCUAAUAAUGACAUGGGACAAAACGUCGAUGGACAAAUGUACAUUGCUAACUAAUCUUAAUUUGACAGAUGGAGUUUUUAAGCAAAGGUUGUCUAUUUUCUCUUCCUGUUUCCUAUGAUUGGACUCGCAGAGGACAGAAAUGUGGAGGACUGAUAUUGACCUUUGACCUUGACUACUAGGGGGUGGUCUUAAUGCUUCCUCUAAGCCAUCCUCUCCCAUCCCCAGUAGUGAACCACACUGACUGACUCUUCAUCUUUACCUCUUCUGUACUUCAACCUGAGCUGUCGGGGAAAUCCCUGUAGAGGACACUUAAAGACCCAAUCACCGUUAAAACUUGAAAUCUACAGAAAUUGACUUGAUGAAAUAUAUAGAAUUAAAGAAAAAAAAAACAGAAAUGAUCCGAAAGCCUUUUCUACUUAAAGUGGAAACUCAUUUCAGGAGCGUUCUGUAAAUAUAUAAUAAUAAUAAUAAUAAUUAAGGUUUUUUUUUUUUCAGUUUUAUUUUUCAGAAACAAUAAAUUGCUGAUGUAAUUGCAGUGUAUCCUUUCCAGCAGAAACCACAGUUGUCCAGAUGCAGAGAGGCGCUUUAGAUAAUCCAUUGAUUAUUAGUUUUCUUGGAAUUUUUGUAAAUAUUUUUUUUUCUUUUUGCUUUCUUUAUUUAAGAAAUUAUUGCUUCUUUUGCAUCUGAAACUGGAAAGAUGAGUUAUUGGAACAUUGCAAAUAAAGGACUUAUUAAGUUGCUAAA